AUUAGGUAUAUUGUGACAUGUCAACAGAUGGUGGUGGGUAUCUAUUGAUUGGCCACAUGAAUAACACAGUGACAUGGAGCGUUCCUUCAAGUAACAAAACAGUCGAACCAUUUGGACAUCCUCAUUGGUCCAGUGAAUUUGGGGAUGUCUCUGUGCUGGAUUUCAGAAUACAGAUAGCAUCAGAUGAAGAUUUUGAAAAUACAAAAGCUCACUGGUAAAUCUUUUUUAUGAAUAAAGAAAACUGUUCAACAUUAUUUUCUGCCCUUGGAAAUUAAUAGUAUAUAAAGUGAAAACACAAACAAAUACAUAUUAGCAGUUGAAAUCUCAGUUCCUUAAAAAUAUCUCGCGGGUGAAUAUCGCGGGUGAAUAGAGCGGGUGAAUUGAGUGGGUGAAUAGAGCAAGAAAUCAAUUUGUAUAGUUUCCGUAAUAGUUGUUAGCAAAACAGUAUGCUAUUAGUUAGAAAUUUCAUUCUUUAGAAAUAGUACAUAAAUAAUUCAAAGCUAUUUGUGUGCAAUUUAUUGUUUUGCGCGCCGUCGAACAAACUUUGUGGCCUUUGUAGUUUUUGGUGAAACUGGAGCUCAGACUACUCAGUUAAUAGAAAAAUGUGUUCAUCUGUAACGCGAACGAAAGGGGAAGCCGUUUCGCUUUAGUUGGAAGCGGAAUAGAGCAAGUAUUUCCGUAACAGAACAAUUAUUCAACUGCUUCGAAAAGCAUUGUCCACCUCCCUAAUAUAUGUUAAUAAAGAUCAAGAGUGGAUCCACCAUGAUCUGGUAAGACGGGCUGUGCUGCUCUGCCAGCUUUGGAGUUGAGUUGACGAGUUGUGUCGGUAAUGCAUGUGCGCCGCUCGCCAAUUAGCAUACUGCUGUAUUCUGGCUAUUUGCCAAGGCUAUUUUAAUUUUAAUUGUUGCUUACAGUUCGCUUAUCAUCACGUCAAAUUAUUAAUCAAAUUUUGUCUCUAAUAUUGUGGUUCUUUAUUGUGAGAAAACCUCUCCCACCCCUCACCCCCACCCCUACCACGCUUCACCCCUACCCCCAGUCAGGGCCUAUCAGAGAAUUUCGGGGGCACAGAGCAAAUUUUAUUUUUUCCAAAAAUGUUGGCGAGCCGGGGGGGAGGGGUUAAAUUUUUUUCCGGACAUUAAAAAGGGACAAAAUAAUUUUUCGGACAAACAUCACUUACAUUAAGGUUCAAACAAAAUUUUCAGGAAUAAUUCCUCUUAAAAAUUGGGUAAAAACCAUUUUUCGGACCAAUAUCUGUAAAAUUUAGGUCUAGAAUUUUCUUCUCAUACCAUUACUUAUAUUAAAAAACGAUCCAAUUUAAUUUUUUUUUCUAUUUUUCAAAUUUUUGGGCCCCCUUAAAGUCCGGGCCCGUCGCAAAUUGCCCCCUUUGCCCGCCCCUAUGAUAGGCCCUCCCCCCAGCCUAUCCAUCACUGAUAUAGUAUAUUUUCGAUUUUAUGUAUUGUAAAAUUUUACGAAUCACCCUUCUAUACUGUAUCUACAGUAAUGGUUCAUAAAUGGUUUGUCAUUUGAGUGCGUGCCAAGUUUUUUUCAAACAUGUGGUCUCGUAAACCCAAACCUCUUGUCAUAGUAUAUGACAGAAGGUGAAAGAUAUAGUGUUCUUAGCGAUCUUAAUCGAUUACACUGUAGACAAUAGGCGCGAAUAUACUGCUUAAUGCGCUACUGCGAGGUCCUGAACUUUAUGGAGAGGGGGGGGGGGCUUAUGCUCAGUCGGCUUUUAGUAGCAUGUGUCCCAAUCUUUUACAACAUUCAAUUCAUUUUAGGGCAUUUCGUUUUAAGAACAAACGGCUGUUAAAAAACUUGAUGAUCCUCGACCAAGGUGGAUGCCCUUACAACUUUCCAGGUGUUGGAGAUAUAUCUUAUGUCAAAGAUUUGAUGACGGAGGAAAUUGUCUCCAGGGAUUUUUCAUGUUCAAAAUUUGGACCAUAUUCUCAUCCUAUUGCAAAAAUUGGUUGGGUAAGAAAAAUAAUAUUUUUAAAAAUAUUUUAUCUUCUAGAUAGAAUUAGAAAACACGACGCGACCGUCUAGGAGGACCUGAAAUGGACAUGUCCACGCGUUCGUCUCUAUGCAUGUUUUAACCUGGGAUGGCAUGUUUUUCCUUUUCAAAGCAAUUUUUUGUUUUCUUGUCGGCGGCCGCUCAUUCCUGCAUGUAUUGUUUUCAAUCAGUUGUCAGGAUAUGUGCACGAAAAGCUAUAUAAUUACUGCAGCCUUCUGUUUUUUGAACAUUCACUUUUUUAAAUUAAGAAGCCGUAUAUUUUGGGAUUUUGGAAAAUCAAAUGAACUUAACCAGUAUGAAUGUAACCAGUCUCUGAAAAAACCCUGAUAAGGGAGUGUGCUGAGUAAUAUAUGUUACAUGUUUAUCGUUUGGAAGCAAUGUAACUAAACUUAAUUAUGUGAAUUUAAAUAGACCAUGAUGAAUUUGUGUUUGGAAAAACCAUGUACAAGUGGAUUUGCUUAUCAUCACUUAUACCCAAUCCAAGUUGAUUUCUCGGGAGGAUUUAGGUAGGUCAUAAAAAGUGACAAGUGAAAGCUAGACACGUAUUAGAUGUUGUUAUUCUAUUGUUUUAAGCGUUUCGAUAUUAUCCUUUGACACUUUGUAUUCCAUGAAAUAAGUAUGAGCAUUUCUGGUCUGUGAAAAUGUUUUAUGUUUUUUGACUUGCUUUCCCAUAAGUUAUGAAAUGAGAAAAUGAUCAAUAGAACUUUGCAUGUGAAUGGGUUUUAACUUCGUCCAUAAGAGAGACAGAGAGACAUGGCAGACAUUUAGGAAUGGAAAAUAACAAGGUCACAUUUUUCUUUACUAAAGUGUGUAAAGAAUCAGGCAAAAGGCAAAAUCUAAUUCGAUCCUUUCGAAGAAAUGACUCUUUCAUUGUUUUAUAUAUUUGUGUAAGUUUCCCUAAACUUUUAGUUUUGCUAUCGUAACAAAUAGUUCAAAAAGCAGCAAUGGCGCGACGGCAUUCUUUGGCUGUGAUAAAGGAAAGGUAUGAGUAUUAAUAAUUAACAUUCAGCACAAAUUUUGAUGGCUAAACAUUCACUUAACAUCAUCAGGUGUGUUUAAUUGAGUGGAACAAUAAAUUGUUGACCGUCUAAAUUUUAAUGCGUCUUAAGCGAUCGAAAUGCAAAAUACAACAAGAACAAGAAAAUACAAUAAUGGUUUCUAUGUAGGCAUAAAGGUAGGGAAGGAGUUUUAUGACUUUGCUUAUUCACCUACAGUAAUAUGACUUCGCUUAAAUUAAGCAGCUAACAUAGCAUCUACAAUAUUGUUGCAAAGAUUUGUUUCAAGACAAGAUGCUGAUGUACGCAAUUAAUUACUCUUUGGUGAUUUUAAACAGCGGGUAUAUCAGUGGAAAUGCCAGGAUUUACCCGUGAGGUGGAUACUACUUCGCUUGUCUGGUUGAAUAUUAUAAACCAUAACCGGUUCUUAGCUUUAUUGACGCUUGCUUAUGACUUACCACCGCUUGCUAAUUAAAAUUUGAUCAGUUACACGCAUGUUAAAUUUUAUUGUUAUUACGCGUGAAAAAUUGGCCUGUUCGAAUAACGUACAUUGUAUUUACGUCAUUAAUAUGGAAAUAUAUAAGACAGCUGUUUAGUGAAUCUCGUUACCAGGUAUAGUUAUCCGCUGGAAGCCAUGCAUUUCAUGCGAUUUUGUGGGAUAGAUACUUCUGGUUCGGUUCAGUUUUAAAUCCAAUCUAACAUGUGGAAUGGUAAAUUCAUUGCCCGGACUUGUGAAAACCUCUGAAACUUGUACUUAUCACAAUUUUGUGUUUCCUACGCUACAUGUAUUGGGUAAAAUAUUCGCACGUACACAAUUAUAUGGGAAUGUGUCGAAGGACUAUGUUUUGGCUCUCUCCCCUACUAUGUGAACAUCAUAUUGGUUUUAGUGUUGUGCUUGUUAUGGGCCAUCCGGUGGUACGAAUGUUUACUGCCUUAAAGAAUGCCAAUCAAUAAAUGGUGGCACAAUAACAAAACAUGCAUCAGCUUGGUUUUGGGUGAGAUUAAAUCCACCACGUAAAGUUUGGGAGAAAUGUAUGGAGUAUGAGAGUGAAGAAGAGAAUGGUGACAGUGCUUGGUACAAAUUGGUUGGAGAUAGAAAUAUACCUGUCAAAGUAAGUACGAGAAAUCCUACCCCUGUGCUAUGAGAGA